AUGCUUUUGAAACGAAAAUUCCAGGGCAAACUGGAUAUAAAUGAAGAGCAGGGAUCACUUUCUCUGCUGAAGGAAACACUCAAGAACCAGGAGCAAGAACAAGACUCAAAGGAAAUUGGUGACGCCCAUGUCGAAAUUUUGUCCUCCACAGUGUCAAGAUGCAAAUCACUGUUGGCCGUUGCUACUUCUGCAAAGACUGUGCUCAUUUUGAAUUUACCCUCGCUAAAAGUGCAAAGAUGUUUCCGAAUUCCAAAAGCACCAACCUCUAUCACUUUUGAUCAGAAUGAUUCACAUGUUGUUGUGGGGGAUCGGGCUGGCCACGUGUGUAGGUAUACCGUUGCUACCACCAGUACCAGCGGUUAUACGGAUAUGAAUGGAGACUGGUGUUCAUGUGAAGGUGGACCUCUUUUGGGUACCAUUUCCAUGGUUCUUGACGUCGCGAUUUCUGAAGAUGGUCGAUACCUACUUGUAGCUGAUCGCGAUGAGAAAGUUCGGAUUUCACGCUAUCCACAGGCCUAUGCCAUACAGUCGUUCUGUCUCGGACAUUCUGCUUACGUUAGUACCAUUGCUCUUCACGGCGGACGUCUGUUUUCAAGUGGUGGAGAUAGUGUCGUGCAUGAGUGGGAUAUGGAGAGAGGGACAUGUCUUUCUAGGUCAGAGAAGGUGAGCGAAAAUCCCGUACGACGAAUGUGCAUUUGCGAAGCGGAAAAUAAGGUCUGCAUAGCCGCCAUCGCUGGAACUUUGUUAACAGUACUCGAUGAAAAGUUAAAAGUUGUCAAUAAGUUCAGCUCGUCCGAUCCGUUGAUGGAUAUUACCUGGCACAAAGGAAACAUCAUUGGUGUGAGCAGCAGUUCUGUGUUAGUAUUCAACCUCUCUGAUGGGAGCUCCCGGUCCGCACAUGUCCCGACCGAAGUGCUGCGAUCGUUGUCAAUGUCAAGAGAUCCCAUACUUAGUUAUUUCAAGAACGUCACUCAUCAAAACAUGUUUGAUUAUUUCAAGAGAAAGGAGGAGAAGAUGGAGAGUGCUAAAGAGAAUAAAAUUCGAAAACGGAAGGCGAGACAGUCUCGAAAAGCUGCCGGAAAGAUGAAGAAAAUCACGAACGAGACAGAGGUUGCAGUGGCUUCCUGA